UUGCAUUCGAUUCUCUGCUCUGGCCCUUGGGUGAAACGCAUCUGCGCCUUCCUGGUGCAAGCCCUCACCGCAGAUCAGCUCCACUACAUUCCAGAGAGUCUUCUCUACAGUCUCGGACCUUCAAGUACUAUUUUUUAUUCAUUUUAUCGCUAAUUUAAUUAUCUGUCGUAAGUAAUUUAUAAAAAAACCCUAAAAGGUAAAAAUGUACAAGACAGUUCGCAAGGGAGAUGCGAGUCUCCAGUACACAAUUUUACCGCAAACGGACCAAUUUUUCGACAACGGUCCUCCGAUGACACCUCCUCCAUCGCCCUCAGCACGUGAUAAUAAUUGUCUCUGGGUUGUUUAUAAAUAUUUAACUACUGUGAAGGUUAUUCUAUACAAGCUUAUUAUUCCCGCUAUUAUUAUUUGUAUGUGCGUUUGGACUAUCAUCAUUAUUUUAAGUGAAACUUAUGCGGCUAAUGGUACCAGAUACGACGAUGAUGACUACAUUGAUGUUGAUGAUGAUCACACGGUGUCUCAAUUAGUUGCUAAUCCUAUUAAUAUUCAUAAUAAUAUCUACAAUAAUAAUAAUAAUAACAGUAAUAAUAUCGGUAUUAAUGAUAUGGACAAUACGACUGAAUUUAUAACACUAACUAGCAAGGCUUUUAAUAAUUACGAGACUACUGCUGAUAAUUACACUAGUUCAGAAAUUUCAGAUGAAUCAACUCCAGAAAUAACAACAGAAGAAAUAAACAUAAAAAUCGAAUCAACAGCUUCAUUAUUGCUAUCAUCAUUGCUAUCAGGUGAGACAUCACCACCGACUCCAGAAACAAGCUCGAAAGUCCAGACUGAGUUCACUGACCCAGCAACAACAACAACAACAACAGCAACUACUUCUGGAAGCUCGACAAGUACUUAUAAAAAAGCUAAGAUGCCACGUGUGACUCUUAAACUACGUGAGAACGAAACAAUACCGCAGAUGUACAUGAAAGCGGGUAUUGCGUCUUACAAGAAAGGAAAUAUUACUACAAGUGUACUUGCACAUGGUCUCAGUCUCGAGGGGUUGAUAUUCAAGACACCUGAGGGUACUAUUAAGCCGUGGAAAGACAAAUGGCCAUUUGGUGAGUCCUCACUCUACAAAGAUUACAGCCAGUGGAAGAAAAUAAGCGAAUUUCAUCAACAGAUGUUCGCAAUUCUGGUGACGCUGAUGGCAAUAUCAAUUUUAAUAUUCUGUAUAUUGACUGUAGUGCAGCUUAAGGCUCAUCGUCGUAAAUGUCAAACUGUUGAAGAGCCACUUUUGAAUGAAAAGCAAGACGAAGAAGAAGUAGAUCACAGAUCGAAGCUACUUGACUCAGAAACUAAAGACGAUAGUGACUAAAAAAGUAUUUGCUAUAAUAAUAAUAAUUUUUUAAAUUAUUAUUAUUUUUUCUUUUUUGAAUUAUUUAAUAAAAAAUUGACGUGGAGGCUAAUUUCGCGUUUCGACAAUUACAAUUAAUCAUUAAUUAAAUUCAUAAAAAAAAAUGAAUAAAUAUAAACUUAUAUAUAAAGAUAUAUUGAAAUAAAGCAUGAUAAAAAAUUAAGAAAUAAAAUAAUCGAAGUAAUAAGAUGAUGAUCAGUGAGGAAUUGUGCAAUUAGGUUGUCACAGUGUAUGACUGAAGAAAUAAUAACUAAAUUAAUAUAUGCAUAUCUGAUGUGAUUCACAAGUUUAAAUUAUUUAUAAUAAUAACAAUAAUUAUUAAUUAAAAGCACUUGGUUAAAUAAUUUAAUCUUUCUCGAUUGCAAUGUACAAAUUAUCCUUCAUAUUAUAAAUAUGUGUAUAUAUUUUUAUUGACUUCCAAAAUGGCGAUAAUUAACAGAGUAGAAAAAAAAAUAUUUA